AUGAAAAACUUUCCACCCAAUUUACCCCCACCGUAUUCCCAAACAACAAAAGCAACCAAGGACAUCAUCGUCAUUUCAUAAAAACACUAUGUCAAGCUUCUCGUUCAGAUUGUCGUGUUCCUUCCAAAGUGGUAAUAAUCUUUCACAAUAAAAAGAAAAACAAAACACCCUUCUCUGUUUUUUCUCUGUUUCGUUUCCGAUUUCACACAGACAACACACGCACGCAUACACAAACAAAACAAACCCAAAAAGUUAAAACCUCUCAUUUAUAAUCUUUUUCGAAACCCCAUUAUUUUGAAUCCAACAAAAUUCAAUUUUGUUUUCGUUUAUUCUUUUGGGGUUGUUGUUUACUUGAUUUCUUCUGCGGCGCGUAACCGUUCUCCGUUCGAUCUCCGACACCGCUAGGUAUUUUUUAUGGCGGCGGGGACAAUGGCGACGGCGGCCGGAGCUGCGGUGAUGCUGUACUACGUGAGUCGGAGGUUGACGAAGAAGGAGGAAGAGGAAGAAGAUGAUCACGACGGCGAUGUGUCGAAAUCGAGUAGAUCGAUUCGACGGAGAAGGAUUUCCCGGAGACCAGCUCAGGCACCGGCGACUCUGCUUGAAUCCAUUGUUACUUUGUCUGAGACUUUGCGGUUUACGUAUGCGGAGACACUUGGGAAAUGGCCGAUUGGGGAUUUAGCUUUUGGGAUCAAUUACUUCAUGCGUAAACAGGGUAAUUUGGCAGUUGCUAGUGUGUAUGCUGGAAGCGAUUGUGUGCAACUGAAAGGAGAUGAAAUUAUUGUCGAAUUGUAUGAGCUUUUGAGGCUAUUGACAUUGGGUAUGCUUUUUUCGAAGAAGCCGUUUCCUGUGUUUUUAGAUUCAGCUGGAUUUUCGGUGGAAGAUGUUCUCAUGCAGAAGCCUAAAGCUGGGCUUCUGAAACCUGCUUUCACAAUUAUACGCGAUACACAGUCAAAAUGUUUACUUCUAUUGAUCCGGGGCACUCAUAGCAUAAAAGAUACACUGACAGCUGCAACUGGCGCUGUCGUGCCCUUCCAUCAUUCGGUUUUAAAUGAUGGUGGAAUAAGCAACUUGGUUUUAGGAUAUGCGCACUGUGGUAUGGUUGCUGCUGCUCGGUGGAUUGCAAAGCUCUGUACUCCUACCCUACUUAAGGCUCUUGCUGAAUGUCCAGACUUCAAUGUCAAGAUUGUUGGGCACUCACUUGGCGGUGGUACUGCUGCGCUAUUAACAUAUAUUCUUAGAGAGCAGAAAGAGUUCUCGUCAAGUACUUGUGUCACAUUUGCCCCAGCUGCGUGUAUGACAUGGGAGUUAGCAGAAUCAGGAAAGCACUUUAUUACUACCAUCAUAAAUGGUUCUGACUUAGUGCCAACAUUUUCAACUUCAUCUAUUGAUGAUCUCCGAUCUGAGGUCACCGCAUCCUCUUGGUUGAAUGAUUUACGGGAUCAGGUUGAACAUACAAAGGUCCUGAAUGUUGUCUACCGCUCUGCAACGGCACUUGGAUCUCGCCUACCGACUAUAUCUAGCGCAAAAGCUAGGGUAGCUGGUGCAGGUGCUAUUCUGUGGCCAGUAACCAGUGGCACUCAGCAGGUUAUGAUGAAGCGUGCACAAAGUGUUGCAGAAGCUGUUGUCAGAACUCGAUCGUCGCUGUCAUCAUGGUCUUGCAUGACUGCCCGCCGACGAAAUGUCGCUCCAUUGGCAAACUCAGAUACAGAAGACUUAACUACUGAAGUUUCUCUAUUAUCUGAGAGAAUAUCUGGAUCUCUUUUGACUGAAAAGGUAGCAACAGAGUCUGUGCUUACUGAAGAACACAAUUCCUCAGUCACAGGAUCAGGCCAUGAUGACACAGAUGAAGAGGAACAUCUCAUUCCUGCUAACCAAGACAUCACCACAUCCUCCGUAGAUGACAUAACAGAAGGCCAGUUAUGGUACGAACUGGAAAAGGAGCUUCAAAAACAGGACGACACCAUAGACAUUCAUGCUCAGGAAGAAGAGGCUGCAGCAGCAAAAGAGAUCACUGAAGAAGAAAAUCAGCUUGUCGAUGCUGCAGAAUGCAGUAAUUCAAUCACAACAUCCGAUAACUUAGAUAACCAUCGGUUUUAUCCACCAGGCAGAAUCAUGCACAUUGUAUCUAUGCCUUCAUCCGAUACUUCAGAUUCAAAUUCCGAUGAUCAUCCUAUAGAAGAACAUGUCCGCUUAUAUGAAACACCGAGAGAGCUGUACAGCAAGCUCAGACUGUCGAAAACGAUGAUAAAUGACCAUUACAUGCCAAUGUAUAAAAAGAUGAUGGAAUUAUUAAUCCGAGAAUUAGAGAAAGAUAGCAGUUCUAAUAGUUUAAUGUGACACAUACAAGUGCAUUUGGAAAGUUAUUAGUGAAUACAGAUUUCAGUUAUUUUAUAAUCUCAAUGCUUCCCUCUUCAUCAGUCUUGAUAGGGUAUUUCUUUCUGUAUAUACACAACAAAUUAUUGAAGCAUUGAUUGAUUAUGUGUACCAUAAUAGGUAAAAUCUGAGAAUGAUAUUUCUUUCUUACAAAAGGAAAGUUUACACA